AUAGUAAGUARUAAUAGUUCACUACACAGAAUAUUAAUAUUAAUCCGUGAUCACUAAUCCUGUGGUAGAAUGGUAGAUAGGUACCAAUACCAAAUACUUUGAAGUAUUAAUUAAUACAUUGUAGAUACUUAUUGAGAAGAUUGAUAAUGUCGUAAGUUGAACGUCUAUUAUUUAUUGCACCCUAUACGUCGGGGCUGUAUACUGUGUUUGUAAUUGCUAAUUAUURUCUCUAAAAUAAAUAAUUACGAACAUCGAGGCAGUAGUAGGUAUUGAAAAUAAAUACUGUGGUUAUCAUUGCUGAAAGGACAUUUUGUAUAAAGAUUGGAAAACGCCUCAUCAAAAUCAAAGACAAAUCAUGAGGAACAAAAAAGACCUUCACGUCGCUGCAUGUAUCAGUGAGUUAGAUAAGAAGAUAGAAAUACCAGACAAACUAAAAAAUUUGGAUGUAUUAUCACUAAACAAAAAAGCUGGAAUGUUGUUUGAAAAAGCCAUGACUGCAAAUAAUGAAAAUGAUGAAGAAGUUGUGUAUAUUUAUUUAAUGAAAUAUUGUCAAAUUCUGCAAGUUAUGAAAAAAACUUUUACAGAUGAUAAAAAUUACAUCUCUCUUAUGUACAAAGAUAAUUUAAAAAAAUCUAUUAAAAUGCUGACCUAUGUUAAAGAAAGUUUGGAAAAAAGGUAUAGCGAAAAAACAAAAGAAGAAAACAAUAAUAAAUUGCUUAACAAUUCUAAUCAAAACAGAAAACGUUUUGAGGAAAAAUUAAAUUUUGAGUUUGAAAGUACUAUAACUAAUGAAAAUUUAUUAUAUCUGUUGGACAAUACAGAUAAAAAAAAGAUUUGUUUGCUUGAUACAAGACCAUCAGAUAUCUUUAAUAAAAAUAAAAUUAUUUCCUGUGAUGUAAUUAACAUACCAAAAGAGAACUUAGUUCCAGGCUUAACAGCUGCGAUUUUAACAACCAAAUUAGAAGAUCAGUUUAAAGAAAUAUGGAUGAAUAGACACAAUUAUAAUUAUAUUGUAAUACUAGACCAAGGGACGGAAGAUAUAGAUGAUGAUCAAAGAUUACUUAAUCUCAAAAAUGCCUUACUUAAAUGGGAUCCAACUCAUAAUAAUAGCAAAAAAUUAAAGUUUCUCAAGGGAGGUUAUGAAGAUUUUAAUCACUUAUGUCCAUGGAAUACUACUCAAAAUAACAUAAUAAAAUCAAAUAAAGAUGUGGAACCUCUUUCAGAUAUAGAAUUAGAUCCAGAAUCUGAAUUUGAAAAAGUUGAAAAUAAGCAGAUUCAAUAUCCAUCUUUAAGUACCGUACAAAAUGAUUUAACUAAAUUAAAAUUAAAAUCGACUUUGUUUAAUGGUUUAACAACAGAUCUUAAACCAAAGUUGGAUCAUAGAGACAAUUAUUCCAGUGAAGAAGAUAUGGAUUCUCAGGAAUUAGCCCAUACCCCAAUUAACAAGCCACAAUUACCCAUUUUUGAUAGAUCUACAAAGCCACCUGUUAAAAUUAAUAAAUUUAUGAACCCAGAACUCAUUAAACCAUUGUACAAAAAUAAUGAUGAAUUAGAYGACGAAAAUAAUGAAUUACCAAAUAAUAUUGAACAACUAGAAAAUAGAAGAUUAUCCCUAGAAAAUAGCUUUUUGGAAAAUGUUGAUUCUUAUGUAAACGAAUACAAAAAUCAAGACAUAGAUUUAAAUUCAAUUCCACAUGUAGACCGUUCCACCAAACCGUCAGAUGAUCUGCUAAUAGUUUCUAGAACAAAAAUCAUUGUAAGAUAUUAUUUUUAUGUUUUUAAUCCACCAUAUUAUAUGUACAUACAUACUAAUUUAUUACACAAUAAAUAUUGGUUGAUAUUGCCUGAUUACUGGACUUACCAGAUUAUCGAACGGCCAGUUUACCGAGUUUCUACUGACUGCCUUCAGUUAUACUUGAAUGGUGAAUCAAUAUGUGGUUGGCAUUGUCCAAAAUGUAAACGCAGCAGGGAUGCUACUAAAAAAUUGGACAUAAUGAGACUUCCUCCAUAUUUAAUUAUACAUUUGAAAAGAUUUUCAAGCAACGGUUACAAGAAGAAUUCAAAUGUUGAAUUCCCUAAAAUGAAUCUUGAUAUGUCAAAUUUUAUAAAUGGUUCAGAACACCGUAAUUGGAAAUACUGUUUAUAUGGUGUAUCAAAUCAUUCUGGAUCACUUGAUGGUGGACAUUACACAGCAAGUUGUCUCAAAAAGUCAAUAAACAAAUGGUAUAAAUUUGAUGAUGUCCGGGUGUAUGAAAUUGAUUCUUCAACCAUUUGUUCUUCUGAAGCUUAUAUUUUAUUUUAUUGUCGAAAAAAUUAAUUUUUAUUUCAAUAAAACUAAUAUGUACGUAUAGUA